GCCCAUUUUUGGUGACAACAGUUAAUGUUAUAAAGCUUUAAAAAUUUUUCAGAGUAUUUUCUUAAGGUCUUAGAUAUACUAGAUUAAAAAGUAAACUAUUUCUUGGAUUCUUGCUAUGUGCUGUUAGGUUGUCAUUUAAAAUUUGGUCUUUCUUGGUGGAAUUUUUUUUGUCCUUUAGGUAUACUUUGGAUAAUGAUGUCCUAACCCUGGAACAGAGAAAAUUUUAUGAAGAUAAUGGGUUCCUUGUUAUUAAAAAUCUGGUAUCUGAUGCUGAUAUUCAAUGCUUUCGGCAUGAGUUUGAAAGAAUCUGCAGAGAGGAGGUGAAACCACCAGGAAUGUCGCUAAUGAGAGAUGUGAACAUGGCGAAGUCAGAAUAUACUGUGAGUGAGAAAGUGAUUUCCAAGAUCCAGAAUUUUCAGGAAGACGAGGAGCUCUUUAGAUACUGCACUCUCCCCCAGAUUCUGAAAUAUGUGGAGUGCUUUACUGGACCUAAUAUUAUGGCCAUACACACAAUGCUGAUAAACAAACCUCCAGAUACUGGCAAGAAGACCUCACGUCACCCCUUGCACCAGGAUCUGCACUAUUUCCCCAUCCGGCCCAGCAAUUGCAUCGUUGCUGCUUGGACCGCAAUGGAGCACAUUGACCGGAACAACGGUGGUCUGGUGGUACUUCCGGGUACUCACAAGAGCUCCCUGAAGCCACACGAUUAUCCCCAGUGGGAGGUAGAUCUGCCUGGCCACUGCAUCUUGAUCAGAAUCUGUCACUGUCUUAUCCGUAAAGAGAUGACAUGUUUCCUUUCUUAGCAAAGCAUUGUCCUGAGGUUUACAAUUCGGAUCAGGGAAAGCUCGAGGUAAAAUAUUCAUCCAUGUGUGUUUUCCACACAGAAAGGCAGCUAAUGUGGGGGAACUUGGGUAGGAGCAGCAUAGGACCUAAUUGCAGGGGUCAGACACAAACACUUCAUCCCAAGCCUUUCUGGCAGAUGGUUCUCAGGGCCAAGAAAGUGAAACCCAGCAGAGGCUACUGCUUUAGCUGCACCUUGAGGGACAGGGCUUUCCUAUGGCAGGGAGGUCAAGGACAAGCACAGCAUGGCUGAGGCAGGGGAAGGACCCAGGGGCCCCCAGUCCAGAUGGAUGGAUGCAUUUUAGGGAGCAGCAGAGGAGAGUCUAAAAAGACACGUUAGGACUAUUUAACACUAAUGAGUCUCCAGUUUAUUUGGGGAGAACGGGAGCCUCCCCUUACGCCUGCAGUGGUACUGGAGAUCAAACCUAGGAACUCCGCAUUCAGCUACAUCACCGGGCUUUUUAGAACUCAUUUUUAUUGGUACCUGUUUGCAGCACAUAGUGAUUGCCUUCAUUGCAGGGAGUUGGUACAUGUACGAAACACAUCUUAAUUCUUUUUACUUCCCUUUCUUCUCCCUUCCUUCCCCCUGCCCUCCAUAAUAAUUGCUAUUCUUGUUACUGUUAUUAUGAAUUUUAAGACUUGAUCUAAGUCAUUCACUAAGUUGUCCUUGCUGGGCUCAAACUUGAAAUCCUCCUGCCAAAGCCUCCCACAGUACCAGGAUUACAGGCAUGUGCUGCGAAGCCCGGUUGAGGACCUUCUUUAUUUUAGAAACCUGGAAGAGCUGUUAUUUUUGUUUUCAAGUUCAUUGGUGUAUACUGCAUAUAAUAACUGUAUAUUUUGAGUGUAUAGAUUGAUCACUUUUGACACAUGCAUAGUCACACACUUCACAAUCAAGAGAAUACCUCCCUCCUGCCCCAGGCUACCUCUGAGUUGCGUUCUGUUACUGUAGAUUAGUUGAAGGGUUGUAUAAAUAUGAUCUUGUGAUCACUUUUGAGGGUGUGGCUUCUUUUGCAUAGCAUAGUUCAGCAAUCUUAAUAGCUCCUUCCUUUCCAUUGCUGAGUAGGAUUCAGUCGCUAGGCUCUACCAUGGUUUGUUCAUCCAUUCAGCUGUUGA